AUGCAGACACUUGGGUCGACGGAAGAACUACCGGGUCUUGUUGAAGAAGACGACGUCAGGCCCAGCAUCGAGAAUGUCGAGAGCAGUGGCGAGACCACAGCGGAACCUGGCGGCGGGAAUGCCAAGUCUCCUCCUACCAAGGACUUCUGGUUGGCACAUCUCGAAGCCGCCAUCGCUGCUGUGCACCAAGUCCACUUUGCUGUACGGGAUGGGCUUCUAAGGCGAGAAAAGAUUGAGACACACUUGAACCCCUUGAUUUCCCACCUGCUCAGUCUAAGGAAGUUCUAUCGUCAAGUGCGCCAUGACCUCAACGAAUAUCACGCAUUCUUGACUUUUACUCGGGAAAUGUUCAAUACCGAGUGGGACUACUAUAAUGGACUCAGAAUGGAGGCCAUUAAACACCUGCGCUGGCUGGAAGACAUUUCGGAUCCAUCUUCCAUGUUGGAAAAUAUCGGCCGCGCGGAAUGCUUUGGCCGCCUUCUGGAGAAGCGAUUCCUGAACAUUAUCGCCGUGCGUGACAAUCUCUUCCAAGCCAACCACGAACUUCAAGUCAACGUCGAGACUCUACAGAAGGAGAAUCUUGACAAGUGUGAAGUUAUAACGCAGCUGACGGCGGAGCACAGCGAUCUCAAAGUCGACGUCGAGGCUCUACAUAAGAAGAUUCUUGACAACCGCGAAGUUAUAACCCAGCUGACAGCGGAGCGCAGUGAUCUCAAAGUCGACGUCGAGGCUCUACAAAAGGAGAUUCUCGACAACGGUGAAGUUAUAACCCAGCUGACAGCGGAGCGAGGCGAUCUCAAAGUCGACGUCGAGGCUCUACAGAAGAAGAUUCUCGACAACU